GUUAAUUAUUUAAUACUAUUUCUUCGUGUCUAAACGUACUGAAAAGUUGGGCUUUCACGGUGAAAUAAGUAAUUCGAUCUCCAUCCAAACAGGCCGUGCGUAUUUUUAAGUAGUUCAUCCAACCUACAUACUUCGUAGCUGGUGGAUGGAUGGAUGGAAAGAAAGGGUAAAUCAGACCAGACCAAACCAAGUAUUGAAGAGGUAGAAGAAAUAAUAUUGACAUUAGUUUUAGUGGACAGACAGUGAGGAUUUUCUUCUUUUGUUGAAAAUGUUACCUCUCCACAGCUUUUGUAUUUCGGUUAGUUCGAUACAUGGACAGAGAGAAUCGAGAUGGAAAAGAAAGGAGUGUGUUAUCGAUGGGAUCUAGUGUUGCGUGCCCGAUUUCGAUAUGUGGGGCUUAAAAUGUGAGAACUAUUCUUGUUUGUAUCACACUUGAUUGGAUGAAAUGCGGGAUGCUAUGAGGGAUUUUGUGGUGGGAAUGGAUGAUAUCAAACAAUUGGUGGAGAUUUUGCUGUGUAUACAUCUGAAAUUUCAAUAAUAUCUGUGUAUUGUCGACAAGGUAUUCAUAUUUGUUUUGUUACCUGAUUUUCGGAAAAUCUAGGGAUAAAGGAAUAAUAAUGUGAUAUCAUACUGUAUACGGUGCCCUUUGCCCUUUCUUUCUUUCAUCGUCAGCUUAUUCCCAUGGUGGUUGCUUCUUAUUAAUCCAUUGUAGUCAUAAGCUGGAAGGAUGCUUAUGUAUGAUAUCUACCAACCAUGAUAAUAAAUGGGUCUUAAUUUCGGGUCAUUAAUGUCAGGGAAUGACUGAGCCCUUCCUUUCUGUGGAAACGAACGAGAGGGGGUGGGCACUGGAAGGCAGCUUCCCUUAUGCAUAGCAAACCCUACUACACGACACGAUAAAAAUGAGAUGCAAAGUCCCCGUAUCAUUAUCAUCAUCCAUGCCAUUGUUUCCCCUCCACAUCCAUUUUCAACUAAACAACUAUCAUAUCCAGACAUAUGUAAAGGGUUUAAGGGGACUGAAACUGAAAGUGGUUCAACAGCCAGAGGGAUGCAAAUGCACCAGACUACCUGACGGAUGGACAGACUGACUAAAAAGCAGUGGUUUUUGUUGCUUGCUCAUUCACUUUAUGAACUUCCGGUUCAACCGAAUUUCAAUCCUUAUGCCAAACUAUUAACAUCCUUCCCACCAAAAUCAUAAAAAAAGGCUGGAUGCAUAUAAUUUCCAUGGACCGUUGUUUCCCUCUCCUCGCUGUCUGACUAAUCACGUACUUUUUGAGCGAAAGCUAGCCAGGUAGGAUUGAUUUUUUAAAGGAUUCUCCACUGGUUUUGCAUAUUUCUUAAAUUUCCAGUGCAGUGGUUGUUGGUACAAUUUUAUUGCGAGAUUUAUCCCCAUCUGAUUAUGCAUAAAGUGGUGUCGCCAAUUCUGGUUACAAGUUUCUCAUUAGACCCGAACUGUAAUAAGAACGACACUUCUUCCACCCGAGUAACAAUCAUCUUCUUGAGAAUGCCCACCUUUCACCCAACCUAUGCUCCCAUGUUAAAGACGACCUACUACCUUUCGGGAGCUGUGUGAGUAGUGCGAGCUCCCCGAAAAUUCGGUGCUGGGAUCGGGUCUUAUAUUCAGUCACUCUAAAUCAUUCCACUCCACUCACUUCAGUCGUUUCAUGGCACUCACGUUGCGAGCAACACGUUCAGCGUCGCAUCGCAAUUGGGAAUUAUUUAAUUGGGAUAUUGUUAAGGGAGGCUCAACUCUGGUGAAAGUUUUAGGGAGAAAGUGCUUAAGUGAUUCUUCAUCUCGUUACUCUCGCCCGGAGGAAAUGUGGAUUGCGAAUUGAACCAACCAGGAACACAAAUAUUGGACAAAGUUCUCGGUUUAAGAAGAAGAAAAGGAAGGAACUCGAGAUGGCUGGCUGUUGUGGUCCCAAAUGCUCAAAAGCUUUCGUCGUCUUCUUCAACCUUUUGUUUUGGUUUUCAGGAUGUGCUCUCGUAGCGUUGGGCGUAAUUCUCUUGUACGACCAAAUGUACAGCUACCUUUUCACCAUGUUAACAGCAGACCAGCUGCCUCCCCAAAUUCUUCAGUACAUUGCAUUCGGAUGCAUCGGACUCGGGGGGAUUAUUCUUUUCGUGGGAUUCUUUGGCUGCUGUGGAGCCCUGCAGGAUAGCAAAUGCAUGUUGGGAACGUACGUGUUCUUCUUGAUCUUGGUGUUCCUAUUGGAAGCAGCAGCAGCGGGUCUUGGUCUUUACGGCUGGUUCUAUUUCCCAACCUCCAUUCGACGAGAAGUCCAGCAAAAGCAACUGCACAAUUAUGGAGUCACGGACCCUGCAAAUGAACACUUUACCAACGCACUUAACUACGUGCAGUAUGAAUUUGAAUGCUGUGGAAUUGAGAACAAGUCGGACUGGGAUCACAGCAAAUGGAAGAGCAACGCUCUCCAAAGUUUGGGCUCCCCUUCGCAGUAUGGACAACAGACCUAUAAUUCAAACAAGAAGCUCACCGUACCAAAAACUUGCUGUACUGCGGAUAAAUUGCAGUGGCAAGAAUCUGAGGAACCCUGGAAUACACCAAAGAUUAAGAACGAGGAACAUUGUCAAGGACCGGAAUCAAUUGAUUAUAAAGGAUAUUCGUACCAUAGGGGCUGCUGGGAGCAAAUUAUGACAUGGUAUUACAGACAACAGCUCUGUUUAACUCCCACGCUGGCAGGGUUGGCUUUCCUACAGAUAAUUGGAAUCGUGUUCUCCAUCUGUCUCAUUCGAAACAUUGGAGAAGAAGUUUAGCAAUCCGAGCCUGGUGAAGUUUUCGAGUUUUAAUCAUCGGAUAAUUUCCUAUCAUUCUACACCAAUUACUUACUUCCUUUCUACAUAAUAAGUUAGUUACUUUCUUCUCCUCGUGCUUUCCCCCCUUGGCCAAGCAAACAACGAAUUGUUGACAUAAAAAGUUGGGCACCAGUUUCAUACGGACGUAUGUAAUUACUAGUUCUGUAUCCUACUGUUCUUUCUAGGAGAGAGACCCAUAAUUCGAAAAGAUUGUAAAAUUAGCUUAAUUUCUAUUUCAACUUUCCGUCAUUUUAGCCAAAACCUUGUACAACCUCCUUUUACGUGUUUAAAAUUCCGUGAGAAGUGAAGCCAAUGCAAUAUAUUGAGCUACUAAACUUGCCAAAAAAACUUACCUAACUAAAUUCUACAUAGCUCUUUACCUACCUUUUACAUACAUCAACCCAAGCUUUAAACAAACUUAAUGGACCUAAGAUUGUACUAAAUACGAUACGAGUAUGUAGAUUAUUUGCUAAUCACAAAUUAAUUAAUAGUUCUUAAUAAAAAGUAUGUAAACUAAUCCAACUUUCUAUCCGCCACCCACUCCCAAUUUCCACUCCCUUUUCGCUGUUUGUGAGUUAAAUUGACUUAGAUAAAGUUAUGUAUUAUAAAUAGUUUUUCGCUAACUUUACAAAAAAGUUGAUCACACAUUAACUUUUUGACUUACCAAGCUGGUUGUGAGUUUUGCAGAAGAUGAAAUUUCCUAACAAAUUUCAUUCUCUCUCAAAAAGUAGAAAACCUGUGUAAGUUGUUGUUGUUCUCCUAAUAUGUAUGUAAAUAUGUUGUUAUUGACAGAUGUAAAAUUGCUUAAAAUUGUGUAAAUAUUUGUUCAACCUUUGCUGUUUUUGUCUUAAAAAAUAAUCUACGUGUUUUUUAUUAUUAUGUAAGCUUCACCAUCGUCGCGUAAUAGUUGGAGAAAGUCCCACUGGGAAUUAUAGAAUUUUAUCUAUUAAAUAGGAAACAAGACUUUUUAUUUGACGAUAUUAAGGUGCAAGCAAAAGUUGCUAAUGAAGCAUGUAAAAUGUCAAGUUUAAUCAUCACAAAUUCCAAGAAAGCUUUAAAUUACUAAGAGUCUCUCACCAAAAACCACUCAAUGUACAAUAAGCAGGUUACAUACGUACAUAAUUAUAAAUAUAAUUUAAAUCUUGAUUUAUUCAAUGUAUUUAAAAGUUAAGCUAAAUAGCAGGCUAAUUUAGAAUUUUGGACACACGCUUGAGGAGGAUGAAGAUAUUAAAAAAGAGUCGUUUAUUGUUGUUCGAUCUAUGUCACUGCUUUGUUGAUAAUAAGCACGAUUUACUUAAUUAAGAUGAUAAUUAAUUAAGCUAAUUAAGUUUAUGCAAAGAGUCUUUCAUUUCAUUCAGUUAUUACAAAACCAACCAACUAAUCUUUAUUAAUAACAAUCAGGACAAAAAUAUUGGAAAUUUUCAAAAUUUUAUAAAAAGAAAGAAUCUCGUCAAUCAAAUAUCUAUAAGCAAGACUGCAUUCCAAAGUAAAUGAAAAAAAACCUAUAAACUUUCACUUUUUUAACAGUAAUAGAUUUUAAAAAGAACCGUUCCAUCCCCAGAUUUUUAUUAGAAUUUUAUUUAACUUACUUAGUUUUUACUUUUAUUAAAACAGUACAAACAGAAAAGAAUCAGUUUUUUUCCAGGUUAAAAUAAAUUCCAAAAAAGGUAAACACGUCACACAAUGAGUGUUCAUUUAAACGUAACAAAGUAUCUACUUCUUGAUAUAUGUUUUUAAUUAUUAUGGAUAGUUAAAAAAAAUAGUUAAUUAGUUUAGUUGGCUUGCUUAUCAUUGCUAUUUAUGUAUGUAUUAAUUAAUACUUGAAUGUAACCUAACAUUAAAUUAUACUGUUGACGAACACUUUGUGCAAACAGGGUCAGUACUCAUUGAACCUAAGCUGAAAACCAAAAAGUAGUUUAGUAAAGGAUGAAAAAUGAAAUUUCUUGACAAUUUCAUCAAAUCCUUUAAAGAAACCAGAGUGUAUGAGUGCUAAUUGUAAUUAACUAAUUGUAUUUAAAUUAUUAUUACGAAUCUUAAGAUAAGUGUAACUAAAUGGUAUUAAUUUUUAUAUCAUUGUCGUGACAUUGAGAUUAGGCCAAUUUUUCGUGGUUGAUUAGUAGUAAAAAGUCAAGUAAAUUCUGGUCAGGAGAAAGGCAGGGAUUAUUUAUUGCAUUUUAUGUACAAGGAUUUAGAAAGGAGUAGGAAAGCGCUUGAUAUUACAUCAUUUUUUAGUGAUAUUUAUGAUUCUGAAGAAACAACUGCUUUAAAAUGUAGAAGAAUUUGCAUAAAUACGUACUACAAAAA